CAAACACCAACACUCCACACUGAUAUGUAUGCCGCCAUCCACGUUGAGAGAGCCGACAACGAAUGUUGAACCCAUCAAUGCCCACCAGGCGAACACACACAAAGUCACGCCUUGGUUGCAGCCAGUGCAGAAAAAGACGAGUAAAAUGCGACGAGCAGAUUCCGCAAUGCUCCUCUUGCGUCCAGCGUGGUGAGAGCUGCGUCUACUUGAGGUUCCCAACCAAAUCUACACCCAUUACGUCUUCGAAGACAGCCACACCGCCUGUUAACUCCAUCUCGCCAUCAGAUGCAGGGACCGGUCACGAUUCUCCGGCCCCCAUCACCACAUAUCAAAACAGCGUAGACGAGGCACCAAGGAGCCCAGACAGGGUCCGCGAAUUGGAACUUCUUCAUCACUGGUGCUUGAAAACUUCCAACAGCUUCACUCCAGAACUGGUGAAUCUUUUCCAGGAUUACCUUGUCAAGGAGGCUCUGAAAAACUCACACCUCAUGGAGGCUCUGCUUGCACUGGCAGCUUUUCACAUCGCGUGUGAAACAGACGAUCCAGCUACAUCUCGCAGAUUCGCAAGCACAGGUAUGAGCUAUCAGACCAGAGCUGUUACAGGCUUGCGCAUCGUCCUUGGUUCACUCUCGCCUGAAAACUGCGACCCUGUCUUCGCAUCAUCUGUUCUCAUCAUGGUAUGCGUCAUGGUGUCGCCAUUCCUGCCUGUUGGGCACAGAAGAACUUUCGACUUCACGGCUGAAGCCAUCCUUCCACUCGCCGACAUCUUACGCGGACUCGACCUCGUCAUCGAAACCUCACAACGUAAAGUGCAGCAAGGACCACUCAGUGGCAUGUUCAACGUCGCAUGGCCGAGUCUACCACAUUCGACAGUAUCGCCUACUAUAGAAGACCUACGCAAACUGACUGCGAGCAAAUCCGACCCAACUACUGCACCCAUGUUCGGGCAUGCAAUUCAAGCGCUCGAGCAAAAGAUCUUGGAUAAUGCUGCGGUUUUCCCAUGGAUCGCACUGACCGGUCUGGAGUUUAUCGAUCAUCUGAAGUUACAAAACAGUGUUGCAAUGGCAAUUUUCAUGGUCUGGGGUGCACUCAUAAAUAUGGCAGACAACCAGUGGUGGGCGUCAUUCUCAGGAAAGAACUUGGUGAACGAAACUUCGACAAUACUGAGUCCGAAGGGCGACGAGUACGCACGAAUCGUCACAUGGUGCCGGCGAGAGGUUGGACUGAGCGAA